AUGCCUGCGACGGGCAACAACCACAACAGCAACGCCGCCGCCGUCGCCGCCGCACCAACAACAGCCGUCGACACCGGCUCCGCCCGCGUCGACAUCAACAACAACGCCGACAGCCCACUACUACCACCACCACCGCCUCCGGCGCCCUUGCCCACCCCGGCAACCCACGCGUAUCUCGGAGAGGCCACCACUGGCUCCUCCUCCCUGUCGAGGAAAGAUCUCGAGGAGGGCUCGACCGUCGAGAUCCCGAUACUAGCUCUACCGGGAGUGGUGCUGUUUCCCGGCGAGUCUCUCCCGCUGAGGUUGCACAACCCGGCCUACGCGGACCUGGUGGAGUCUUUCCUCGGUGGCGGAGCGGGCGCGGGUGGCGGUGGUGGUGGUGGUGGCAGUGGGGGGCAGCAGGCUGCGAGGCAUCUCGGUGUGGUUAACAGGCUCGAUUCGAGAAGAGGCGGGCCGCACGUAGGAGCGUCGCCGGUUGGAACGACCGCCGAGGUACGGUCGGGCCAUGGCGGUUCCGCCGAGGACGCCGACGGUGGAGGUGAAGGCGGAGACGGCGGGGGCUUGGCGAUGAUGGCCAGGGGGCGGCAUCGCUUCCGGCUGGUGGAGGACCUGGGCUGGAGGCGGGGCGUGCUCUACUGGAAGGUGGUCAUCUGCCCGGACCAUUGCCCCGGAACGUUCCGGCCCCCGGUCCCCCGCGCGUUCCGCGAGUUCCCCGGCACCGAUCGCCGAGGCCGCCGACGCCGCCGCGACGGCGGAAACCACUGGCCGAUGGCGGUCCCGCGCUUUGCCGUCGUCGCCAACUCUCCGGCAGUCCUUGCGGCGCGGGCGGCGUCCCUCCUGCGCGAGCAGAGGGAGCCUCUUCCGCACGGCGCUCCUUCGGGGGCACCGCAGGUUGAGGAGGAGGGGGCAAGGAACGGGGGCGAGGGGGUUAGUGGGAACGUAGGAGGAGGAGGCGACGGGGGUGUCGACGUUUCUUCUGCAGCAAGAGACGAAGGAGGGGUAUCACAGGGGGGUGGGGGUAGUGGUGGUGGUGGUGGUGGUGGUGGCGAUAGUAGCGAGGACGAGGAGGAGGGGAUGCCGCGGCGGAGAGGGAAGCUAGACCCGACGCUGUUUUCCUUCUGGCUGGCCGCCAACCUCCCUCUGGACGACGACGCGAGGCAAGAGCUGCUCAUGCUGGAUUCGGUCGUCAUGCGGCUCAGGCUGGAAAUAAAGCAUCUGGAGCAGAGCCGGCGAAGAGAGCUGUGCUGCGCGAGCUGCGAUAGAGGCGUCGCGUGGGAGGGGGAUGUUUUCACGCUCCCCGGGGCAGAAGGCGUGGUAGGCGCGUACGUGAACCCGACGGGCUACGUCCACCAGACGGUUACCGUGCGCGACGCCCGGAACCUCGUCCUGGUGGGCACCCCGGAAGAAGAGCACUCGUGGUUCCCCGGUUACGCCUGGACGUGCGUUUACUGCGCGUUUUGCAACGAACACCUUGGGUGGCGCUUCACCGCGAUCAGACCGGGGAGCGGGGAACAAGAACACCGACAGCGGCAACAACGUUCCGGACUUCUUUCCUCCGGAUCCCCGUCGUCGCCCCGCGCCUCGCCGCAUUCUUCCUCGUCGCUGUUGCCGUUGCCUUCUCCAGUUGCCGGUGGGGCAAGCGGUAGCGGCGGUAGAGGCGCCCUGGGGUCUUCGCGGCCUGCAACAACGGCCACGGCCGGGGGGGAGGGGGUGAAUGAGCCGGAGCUCGGCCCGGCGUCGUUCUUCGGGCUGCGUAGACCAGCCCUCGUUACCCCAAGAUGA